CCGGCCCGGCCCCGCCGCCCGCCCGCCCCGGCCGCAGCCGCAGCCGCCCCGCUUCGCCCAGGCAAUGACAGCGGCUCCGGCCCCGUCCCCGCAGCAGAUCAGGGACCGGCUGCUGCAGGCCAUCGACCCGCAGAGCAACAUCCAUAACAUGGUGGCAGUGCUGGAAGUGAUCUCCAGCCUGGAGAAAUAUCCCAUUACCAAAGAGGCACUUGAGGAAACCAGACUCGGGAGGCUUAUCAAUGAGGUGAGGAAGAAGACAUCCAAUGAGGAACUUGCCAAACGUGCCAAGAAAUUGCUGAGGAAUUGGCAGAAGUUGAUAGAACCUGUAACCCAGAACGAGCCAGUGCCAAGGGGGCUGCCCAACCCGCCAGGAUCAGCAAAUGGAGGUGCCCACAACUGCAAACCAGACUCCCAACUUCCUGCUGUGCCUGGCACCAAGCCCAUCAGCGAACUGAAAAGCAGGAAUGAUAUCCAGAAACUAAAUUCUCCAAAACCAGAGAAACUGGGAAAUAGGAAAAGGAAAGGUGAUCACAGGGACGGGCAUCAGGGCCCUCCUCCCCCAAAGGUCUCCAAAGCUAGUCAUGAAGUAUUACAAAACUCUUCACCCCCUCCAACCAAUGGAAUUGGAGGUAGUCCUGAAAAUUUUCCUAGUCCUGUAGACAUAAACCUCCAUGCAGGGCCCGAAAGCAGCAGGACAGAUCUCAGUGAAAACGAUAAACACAAUAAGAUCCCAGUAAAUGCUGUAAAACCUCACACCAGUUCUCCAGGACUUGUAAAACCUUCAAGCACUUCCUCGUUACUAAAGACUGCAGUGCUUCAGCAGCAUGAUAAAUCAGAAGAAGCCACGGGCCCCCACCAGCCCAAGAGCCCACGCUGCUCCUCCUUUAGCCCCAGGAACGUUAGGCAUGAUACUUUUGCUCGGCAGCACACCACGUACUCACCAAAGGAUUCGAUGCCCAGUCCGUCUCAAAGGUCUCAGUUCGCGGACGCCGCGCCGGUGCCGUCGCCGCCUCCAUCCCUGAUGCAACCAUCCACACCUCCCAUGCCAGCCAAGAGACUGGAGUUCCCUCCUCAGGCGGCCCCCGAGGUGGCACAGCACUGGCAGGAGCAGCAGGGAGCCCCCGAGGGCCAGCACAGGCACACAGCAGGGACACUUCAGCAGCACACGGCUCCCGGCUGCAAAGGCCACCCCGGGGAAUCGCACGUGGGCUUCCCACAGGACACUUCCAGAAUGGACAGUGACGAUGCUGCUUCAGGGUCUGACAGCAAAAAGAAGAAAAGGUACCGACCCAGAGACUAUACAGUCAACUUGGAUGGGCACGUGAUAGAAGGGGGUGUGAAACCUGUGAGGUUAAAAGAGAGAAAACUCACUUUUGAUCCCAUGACAGGACAGAUAAAACCUUUAACACCGAAAGAUCCUUUGCAGGUAGAAAUCCCUGCACUUACUGAACAGCACAGGACAGAAACGGAAAAGCAGGAGCAAAAACCCAACCUGCAAAGCCCCUUUGAACAAACGAACUGGAAAGAGUUGUCCAGAAAUGAAAUCAUUCAGUCAUAUUUAAACAGACAGAGUAGCUUGCUGUCUUCAUCAGGAGUACAGACUCCAGGAGCUCACUACUUCAUGUCUGAGUAUUUAAAGCAGGAGGAAAGCACUAGAAAAGAGGCUAGAAAGACUCACGUUCUAGCUCCUAACAGCAAACCUACAGACUUGCCUGGGGUCACCAGAGAGGUCACGGGCGAUGACCUCGACAGAAUACGUGACCACAACUGGCCAGGCGUGAACGGUUGUUAUGACACACAGGGUAACUGGUAUGAUUGGACACAGUGCAUAUCCUUAGAUCCACACGGGGAUGAUGGGAGAUUGAACAUCCUGCCUUACGUCUGCCUAGACUGAGAGCAGUUCUGCUAAGCACGCUUUUUACACCUGCAGUUAGCAGAACUGGCAGACACGAUGCCACUUCCAGCUGGAGAGAGCCUCCUGUCCUGGACAAACAGGCCCCACGAGCAGAGGGGGGGAGGGAGCUGGGCCUUUCCAGCUCGUUCCUUUAAAUUCUCCUUUUGUGAAAUGCUGCUACCAGUUUACUAACAAUUGCAAAGGAAGGCAUACGAAGGUUUGAUCAGUUGAGUUCAAAACUCUAUAGCGAGCCAGCUAUAAAAAGUGUUAGUCCCCAAGAAGUGAAGAGGAUUUCCAGCACUUUCUGAAUGCCGGAAUCUUAUUACAGGCAGGUACAGAGAAAAAAUUGUGGAAGUUACCUUAACAAAAUAUGCAUCUAUUUAUUUGACUUGAUUUGGGUUUUUAUUUGGCAGUGAGAUAUUCGAGAGACAAUGUGCAAAAACUGUAGUUUUAUUUCUAUCACAUCUCUGAACAUGAUUGCGUUAUUUAAGAGUCAUGUGGUACGGAGAUUGGGUUUUAAACAGCAGGUGUUGCACUGCAGGCUGGGCCACCAGCUUCAGCUCAACAUUCCAUAGGCAUCCACAUAUUUUAGUCUGGUUUCAGUUUAAAUCCAGUCUCUGAGAAAUGCUGCAAAAACUAGAUGUUUAACGAUAUUUUUUGAUCCCACCACCACCAGCCAAAUAUUUUUCCUCCUUUUCCCUUCCUGCAAACUUAUAGGUAAAAAACAAAAAGACAAAAAAAACAAAAAGACAAAAAGGAAAAAAAAAAAAAAAAGAAAAAUCACCUUUUCUAGAAUCUAAAUGUAAUGAGGGUGCUACAAGUUUGUAACUGUACUGUGAGAGGGAAAAAGGAAGCCUGUUUGUAUGCUGGAAAUAUACUUGUUACCAUUCCUUUAGAUAUUGUUUGCCUUAUGGAUAUCCAUCAUAAACGCAAUUUGCAAAAACAAAGAGCCUUAGUGAAUGUACAGUAACUAGACUUCUGUGUUCCUGGGAUGCAGAAGGGAGCAACUUUGCUAUUUGGUCCUUUAAGUGGACACGUUGUGAUAUAAAUGUGGAAAUAAAAAAAAUUUGCACAAA